UUAUUACCUUUAAUCCACAGCCUGGGCAAACGGUUCUUAGUGCGUUCACGACUGUCCGGAGCGCGAACUUCGUCGCAUAAUGAUGUAUGUGUGGGCACAAACUCACAUGUAAGCCGAUGACGCUGUUUGUUUACAACGGAGAGUGAGGAUUAACAGCAACUUUUCAUUUUUGGGUGAACUAUCCCUUUAAUGUCUUUGGUUUGGUCUUGAUUGUGACAGGGCUGAACUGAACGCACAGAUGCGUCUGACCCGUUAAUUCAAGCUGACAGAUAUGAACACAGUGAGUGAGUCUUCUGUUCCUCACACAGAGAGAGUCUUUUCAGCAGUGCCGUAUCCCACAAUGCUCGUGUGAUCUGCUAGUAUCAUGGCACACAGCAGACGUGAUGCAGUCACCAGUAAUGCACCAGAACAGGGACAGUUCACCCAAAAGAGAGAAAGAGAUCACGACUAAGAUGGACCCGUCUAACGGGCUGAACCGGCCGCUGGACAUCGUCCCGCACACGGAGGUGAAGAUGAAGGACAGGGGACAGUGGAGCAACAAGCUGGAGUUUGUCCUGUCGGUGGCCGGAGAGAUCAUCGGACUGGGAAACGUGUGGCGCUUCCCGUAUCUCUGCUACAAGAACGGUGGAGGUGCAUUCUUCAUUCCCUACCUGAUCUUCCUCUUCACCUGCGGUAUUCCCGUGUUUUUCCUGGAGAUUUCUCUGGGUCAGUACACCAGCGAGGGAGGAAUCACAUGCUGGAGGAAGAUCAGCCCGCUGUUUGAAGGGAUCGGAUACGCCACUCAGGUCAUCGUGGCCCUGCUGAACUUCUACUAUAUAAUCGUUUUGGCCUGGGGAAUAUUUUACCUGUCCUUCUCCUUCUCCUGGAACCUGCCGUGGGCCUCCUGCAACAACACCUGGAAUACUGAUUUCUGCAUAGAAUUCCAAAGACGAAAUGAAUCCAUUGACCAAAGUCACUUUGAAAACGCAACAUCGCCCGUAAUUGAGUUUUGGGAACGCAGAGUUUUGCGGAUCUCGUCUGGGAUCGAGGAGAUAGGAACGCUGCACUGGGAUCUGGUCCUCUGUCUGUUGCUGGCCUGGGUUCUCUGUUAUUUCUGCAUUUGGAAAGGCGUCAAAUCCACCGGCAAGGUGGUGUACUUCACUGCGACCUUCCCGUAUGUGAUGCUGUUGAUUUUACUGAUCAGAGGGGUCACACUGCCAGGAGCGUCCCGUGGGAUCCAGUUCUACCUUUAUCCCGACCUGGGACGAUUAGCGGACCCACAGGUGUGGAUGGACGCAGGCACACAGAUCUUUUUCUCGUAUGCCAUCUGUUUAGGUUGCCUCACCGCGCUCGGAAGCUACAAUAAAUACAACAACAACUGCUACAGGGAUUCUUUGGCCCUGUGUUUCUUGAACAGCGGAACCAGUUUUGUCGCUGGUUUUGCCAUCUUCUCGAUUCUCGGCUUCAUGUCUUACGAACAGAACGUCCCAAUUUCAGAAGUGGCCGAGUCUGGUCCUGGUUUGGCGUUCAUUGCAUAUCCGCGGGCAGUGUCGAUGAUGCCCAUCUCUCCGCUGUGGGCCUGUUUCUUCUUCAUCAUGAUUGUUCUGCUGGGGUUGGACAGUCAGUUCGUGUGUGUGGAGAGUCUGGUCACGGCUAUGGUAGACAUGUACCCGAAUUUCUUCCGCCGGAAGAACCGCAGAGAGCUGCUCAUCCUCGUCAUAGCCAUCGUGUCCUUCCUCGUGGGUCUCAUCAUGCUCACAGAGGGUGGAAUGUAUGUCUUCCAGCUGUUUGACUACUACGCAGCCAGUGGGAUAUGUUUGCUCUUUGUAGCUGUUUUUGAGACCGUCUGCAUCGCUUGGAUAUACGGUGCUAAUCGGUUUUAUGACAAUAUCGAGGACAUGAUUGGUUACCGUCCUGGGCCAUAUAUUAAAUACUGCUGGCUCUUUUUCACUCCAGCUACAUGUUUUGGUACAUUUGCAUUCUCCCUGAUCAAAUACACUCCUCUGAAGUAUAAUAACGAGUAUGUGUACCCGUGGUGGGGCUACGCUCUCGGCUGGCUGCUGGCGCUCUCUUCUAUGGUUUGCAUCCCGCUGUGGGUUGUUUCUAAACUGAGCACAGCCAAAGGUUCACUGAGAGAGCGUUUCCACGAGCUCAUCACGCCCUCGCCGGACCUGCCCAAAACCAGACGAGAGCAGGAGAAACUUCAGGCCAUCUUUGCAGCCGACGGCGACACUCUUCGCCAGCGAGGCGGUCCGACCAAAGACGGGUACUUCCCUGUCAGCGAGAAGGAGUCGCACUGCUAGACGGAGCACUGCAUGUGCUUCUAAAGCUUCCCGUGAUACCUCACACAGUACUGGCAGCCAAAUAAGCAUUACGACAGACAGGCCAGGAUCCACAGCCUGGGAGGGCAUUUGAAAUGCUUGCUCUUAUUGGUCAGAAGGCAUCGAAAGCCAGAGUGUGUCAAUAUUAUAGACAGCAGAAUGUUGAAACACAACGUAAUCACACUCAUUUAAAAGAAAAACAUGAUAGUUGAGAGAAAACGUAGGGUUAGCUAGGGUUACAAAAAACAUCUAAAAUACACUUUUAAGUGUUUAUUUUAUUACGCACUCUCAGAAAAAAAGGU